AGAGUGGUACGCACAAUUUCCUGGCUGAACAACCCAGGCUAAUACUUAUACAGAGCAAGCAUUGACUACCCUAGAGGUUGACAGACCAGCAAGGAUGACAACCUGAGCGGACUCACCCUUCAUUCCCCAGCCCCCUGGUGUGAUGCCAACAAGAGUCUGAAAGGAAACCCGGCAUUCAGCAGAGCAGCACUUUCUCUUCCCGGCCCCGGCGUCGGCAGUGGUCCCAGGGGCCAGGAGGAUGGAGCCAAGCUUGCUGAUGUGGAGGUUCUUCGUAUUCAUCGUGGUACCUGGCUGCAUGACAGAGGUUUGUCACGAUGACCCUCCGAGUCUCAGAAACGCCAUGUUCAAGGUCCUCAGGUACAAGGUGGGCACCAUGAUAAACUGCGACUGCAAGACAGGCUUCCGCAGAGUGUCAGUCGUCAUGCGCUGCGCGGGGAACUCCAGCCACUCUGCCUGGGAAAACAGAUGCCUCUGCAACAGCAUCUCCCCUGCCAAGAACCCAGUAAAACAAGUCACUCCUGGACCCAAAGAACAGAAUGAAAGAAAACCCACAGACGUGCAGAGCCAAACGCAGCCCCCGGAGCAAGCUGACCUUCCAGGUCACUGCAAGGAGCCGCCACCAUGGGAACAUGAACGUGAACCUUUAAAGAGAGUAUAUCAUUUCAUCCUGGGGCAGACAGUUCAUUACCAGUGCGCCCAGGGAUUCAGGGCCCUACAGACUGGUUCUUCUGAAAGCACCUGCACGUUGAUCAACGGGGAGAUAAAGUGGACCAGGCCCAGCCUCAAGUGCAUAAGUGAAGGGGCGAAUGGUCAGGUUCCAGAUGACAUAGAGCCUUGGGAGAGCACGGAAGCUCCCCCUGGGAGUGGAACUUUCUUAACAACCAGGACGGCAGGGACCACAGAUUUCCAGAAGCCCACAGAAGAGGUUGCAACAUUGGAUACGUUCAUAUUUACCACCGAGUAUCAGAUCGCAGUGGCCGGCUGCAUCCUCCUGCUCGCCAGUGUCCUCCUCCUGAGCUGCCUCACCUGGCGGCGGAGAUGGAAGAAGAACAGAAGGACAAUCUAGAAAACCAAGGGCCGGAAGAAGUCAAGAACAGCCCACAAAUGUCAUGGAUCACAAUCAAAAUCAAAGAAGCUAAACACUCAUCCAAGAGGCAUCUCCUGAUCCGGUGGGCUCUGGAAAGCUCUGAAGUCACAUAGCAGAACACCGGGCAACUGCAACCCCAUCGUGAAGCCAAUUCUGUAGCAUCAACCCUUGAGGUUGACCUGUGUCUAGGCAGCAAGUCCAAGGUUGCUGGAGGAACGGAGAAGGACAACCAGAACUCUUGGUCCUGUUUUCAUGUAUAUGUGUUCACCAGACCACAAGUAGCAUAGAGCUUUCUCCACACCAUGUAGAGUAUAAAGAAGAGUAGCUUCAUGCUAAGAGCAUCUCAACUUCCCAGAUUAGAAAUCCCAAGGGAAGACCUAGCACUGAUGUAAAUAGACACACACGCUCUCUGCAUCCACAUAAGUCCUUUCCCAGCCUCUGGUUGACCAGCCCACUCUCCUGCUCAUAUGCCCCUCAAAUGAAGACUUUUGACCUUAGCCCAAUCCUCCAAGCUAGCCCCCUCUACUGAAUCUUCCAGUUCGAGUUUCUAAAGAACAGAUUCCCUGGGGGAGCAGUCUUUAGGUGACCGCAGAAGACAGCAAGCAAACCCAUGGAACUGUCGAGCUUCAGAGUUUGAAGGGAUUUCACUGGAGUUCAUGCUGGGAGAAGUGGGAGAAGCUGGGUCCCAGGUAAUGGGUUAUCCUUGACAUGUAGCUUCAGCUGUUUGUGACUGGCUGUUCUAAGAGUGUUUUCUCUGGGAUUGCUAUAAAUGAUGCUCUUGGCUGCCACAAA